UCAUGAAAGUGUGUCGUAGUGUAACUGGCCGUGAGAAUUUCAUAGGGCCAUCAAAUGAGGUAGGAGCAAUUAUGGUUGGAGACUUAGAAGACACAUGUGGUGAGCGAGACAUCAUUGUUGAGACAAAGAGCAAGGUUCUUGAAAGAAUAUCUGACAUACACCCUAAGUUGAUGGCCCUACAAUACCCUCUUUUGUUUCCUGAAGGUGAAGACGGAUACCAUGAUGACAUCCCUUAUGUGCAAUCUGGAAAACAUGUUGCCAAAAAGCGUCAGAGGAUAACAAUGAAGGAGUUUUACUCAUACAAACUGCAAUGCCGACUAAAUGAAGGUAAUACCCCUCGCUUGGGUGGAAGACUGUACCAGCAAUACAUCGUGGAUGCAUUUUCGGCCAUUGAACAGUCGCGCCUUUGGUGGUUUCGUACACACCAGACCACUCUCCGUAAUGAUUUAUACAGCAACAUUCAAAAGAGCAUACGAGAUGGUCAUCAAGAUACUUCUUCUGUUGGGAAAGGUUUCAUUUUGCCCGCUAGCUUUCUUGGUUCGAAGAGAUACAUGCAACAAAAUUUCCAGGAUGCACUUGCUAUUUGUCGCUACAUUGGUCACCCGGACAUUUUUUUGACUAUGACAUGUAAUAGUGCUUGGGAUGAAAUCAAAGAAAUGAUGAAGCUAUAUCCGGGUUGCAUGGCUGUUGACUCCCCCGAUGUCAUUGCACGCGUGUUCAAACUGAAGUUGGAUCAGAUAGUGGAGGACAUCAAAAACAAACAUUAUUUUGGAACAUGUAUUGCAAUUAUGUAUGUCAUAGAAUUCCAAAAACGUGGACUACCUCACGUCCAUAUGCUAAUAUGGCUCGACGCUGCUUCGAAGAGGAAACUCAAUGAUGAUGUUGAUAGUUUUGUAAGUGCUGAAAUACCUGAUCCAAUAAAAGAUCCAGUUGGAAAAAUUCCCCUGUAUGAAGGAUUCAAAGUGUACCAAAUACUUUCCAAGAAGUAUUGUCCGGAGACAUAUUUUGACCAAUCGGGAUUCCCUGUCUACAAAAGGCGCGACACUAAAAUUACUGUCCGGAAGAACAAUGUGGAUCUUGAUAAUCAAUUUGUCGUGCCUUACAACCGUGAUCUCCUGGUCAAAUAUCAAUGUCAUAUGAACAUUGAAAUUUGUUGCCACGCACGAACUCUCAAGUACUUAUUCAAGUACUGCCUCAAAGGACAUGAUCGUGCUACUGUCGAAUUGUCAACCAAGAAGAAGCAAGACACUGAUGACUCCAAGCCUAUCGAUGAGAUUCAAUCUUACUUUGACGGGAGAUACAUAUGUGGAUGUGAGGCUGCGUAUAGAAUUUUUGGAUUUGAUAUACAUUAUCGAUCCGUGUCUGUCCAUCGCCUCUCAUUUCAUUUACCAGGCAAUAAAAACUGCACUUUCAAGGAAGAUGAGAAUCUGCAAAAAGUUGUGCAGCGUGAAAAAUGGAAACUCAGUCAACUUGAGGCUUUCUUCAAACUAAACAAGGAUGAUCCAUCUGCUAGGAAAUACACUUAUGAUGAGAUUCCACAACAUUAUGUGUGGAAUGAAACUGAUCAUGUCUGGACAGUGAGGAAGAGAGGCCAGCAAAUCGGACGUUUGUUGUAUACACAUCAUAAUUCUGGAGAGAUUUGGUAUCUCAGGUUGUUACUGACCAAGGUUAGAGGUCCAACUUCUUUCAAUGCUCUUAAAACUGUACAUGGUGUGGUUUACAACACUUUUAAAGAUGCGUGUAGAAAACUGGGAUUGCUUGACGAUGACAAUGAAUGGGACGAAGUAAUGGAUGAGUGUGCCAAGUGUGGAUUUCCUCCUCAAAUAAGAGAGCUUUUUGUUCAUAUCAUGAUCAACUGUCAAGUGACUGACCUAGGAAGUUUGUGGACAAAGCACUGGAAACACAUGGUCGAUGAUAUCAUUCUUCGUAAGAGACAGCAAUCUGGUAAUACAAACACUAAUUUCAGUGACAAGCAACUACAAUUUUAUGCAUUAGCAGAAAUAGACAAGAUCCUAAGAACGAUUGGAAAAUGUUUGAAGCAAUUCAGCCAAUUGCCACAGCCACCAGUGAGCUAUAUUCAAACUGAUGCAAACAAUUUGAUUGUUGAUGAAACCAGUUACGACAUAGAGGAAAUGGAGAGAGAGUUUCUCAAACUUCAUUCAAAUUGCAACCCUGAACAACUAUCAGUCUAUGAUGCCGUUUUUCAAUCUGUGACUGAAAACAAAGGAGGUGUUUUCUUUGUUUAUGGGAGCGGCGGCUGUGGUAAGACAUAUGUUUGGAAGACUCUAAUUUACAAGUUGAGAUCACAGGGAAAGAUUGUUCUGCCAGUGGCUUCCUCGGGUAUCGCAGCUACCUUAAUGCCUGGAGGAAGGACAGCCCACUCCCGUUUCAAGAUCCCAAUUGUAUUGGAUGAAUAUUCCUCAUGUGCAAUAAAUCUGAAUUCGGAUAUUGCUAAUCUAAUCAAGUGCACGAGUCUGAUUAUAUGGGACGAGGCUCCCAUGCAACACAGGUACGCAUUUGAAUGUCUAGACCGAUCACUGAGAGACAUAAUGAAAACUCUUAAUCCGGACAAUUUCAACAAGCCGUUUGGAGGUAUCACCGUUCUACUCGGUGGAGAUUUUCGGCAGAUAUUGCCAGUCAUCAACAUGGGAGGUCGUGCUGACAUUGUGGCUGCAUGCAUAACUCGGUCAAGAAUAUGGAAAGAGGCAAUCAUUUUCAUCUUAAAGCAAAACAUGAGACUUAACCAAGGACAGAAUGCUGAGGAAAAGGAGAAUUUACGCAAGUUUGCUGAAUGGGUACUUCAAAUCGGUGAUGGCAAGUUAUCUCCUCCAACUGAUGAAUUAAGUGUUGUUGAUGAAGAUUCAAUCAUGAUUCCAGCAGAUUUUGUGAUCCAGAAACUGAAAACUCUGUUAAAAAUAUGA